UCCAAAUCCAUCCUCACCAAUUUCCUCCGCGCCUGAGCCCCCGACCUCGAACUCUCUCCGGGAAAAUUCCAAUUCGAACUUUGAUUUGAACUUUUAGCUCAUUUAUAUUCAUUCUUGUUGCUGAAUCAAAUCCAAUAACCCCCCAAAAAAAUGGAUAUGGAAGACGAGUACGAGGAAAAUCAGUACAACGAUGACGAGGAGGAAAUCACCCAAGAAGAUGCCUGGGCAGUGAUCAGCGCCUACUUUGAGGAGAAAGGUUUAGUGAGGCAGCAGUUGGAUUCGUUCGACGAGUUCAUCCAGAACACUAUGCAAGAAAUCGUUGAUGAAUCGGCUGACAUUGAGAUCCGGCCGGAGUCGCAGCACAACCCCGGCCACCAAUCCGACUUCGCCGAGACUGUAUAUAAGAUAAACUUCGGACAGAUAUACUUGAGUAAGCCAAUGAUGACGGAAUCGGAUGGUGAAACUGCUACUUUGUUUCCAAAGGCUGCAAGGCUUAGGAACCUGACAUAUUCAGCCCCUUUGUAUGUGGACGUGACAAAGAGAGUCAUUAAGAAAGGGCAUGAUGGUGAGGAAGUUACUGAGACUCAGGAUUUUGGGAAAGUCUUCAUUGGAAAGGUACCUAUCAUGCUCCGUUCAAGUUACUGCACAUUGUUCCAAAACUCAGAGAAAGAUCUGACAGAACUUGGAGAGUGCCCAUUAGAUCAAGGGGGGUACUUUAUCAUCAAUGGAAGUGAAAAAGUCCUGAUUGCUCAGGAGAAAAUGAGCACUAAUCAUGUCUAUGUGUUCAAAAAGAGGCAACCGAACAAGUAUGCAUAUGUGGCUGAAGUCCGGUCCAUGGCAGAAACACAGAAUAGACCGCCGAGCACAAUGUUUGUGCGGAUGCUUUCCCGUUCUAGUGCAAAAGGGGGUGCUUCAGGCCAGUAUAUUCGUGCCACCCUUCCAUAUAUUCGAGCUGAAAUUCCAAUUAUCAUUGUCUUCCGAGCAUUAGGAUUUGUCGCUGACAAAGAUAUCCUGGAACACAUUUGCUAUGAUUUCUCUGACACCCAAAUGAUGGAAUUGCUUCGUCCCUCCCUAGAGGAAGCAUUUGUUAUACAAAAUCAACAGGUUGCUCUGGACUACAUAGGAAAAAGAGGGGCCACUGUUGGUGUCACAAAAGAAAAGAGGAUUAAGUAUGCUAGGGAAAUUCUUCAGAAAGAAAUGCUUCCACAUGUUGGGGUUGGAGAAUAUUGUGAAACAAAGAAAGCUUAUUAUUUUGGCUAUAUCAUCCAUCGGCUCCUGCUGUGUGCACUUGGUCGAAGAGCCGAGGAUGACAGAGAUCAUUAUGGAAAUAAGAGACUGGAUCUUGCCGGUCCUUUGCUUGGUGGACUUUUCAGAAUGCUCUUUAGAAAGUUAACCAGGGAUGUCCGAGCAUAUGUUCAGAAGUGUGUUGAUAACGGGAAAGAUGUGAACUUGCAAUUUGCAAUUAAAGCGAAAACUAUAACCAGUGGUCUUAAAUACUCUCUUGCUACGGGUAACUGGGGGCAAGCAAAUGCAGCAGGCACUAGAGCUGGUGUUUCACAGGUGUUGAAUCGUUUAACUUAUGCCUCAACUUUGUCACACUUGCGGAGGCUAAAUUCUCCCAUCGGGCGUGAAGGUAAACUGGCUAAACCAAGGCAGUUGCACAAUUCUCAGUGGGGAAUGAUGUGCCCUGCGGAAACCCCUGAAGGGCAAGCGUGUGGACUUGUCAAGAAUCUGGCGCUGAUGGUUUAUAUCACUGUCGGUUCAGCAGCAUAUCCCAUUUUGGAGUUUUUGGAGGAAUGGGGCACUGAGAAUUUUGAGGAAAUUUCUCCUGCUGUGAUUCCACAAUCUACAAAAAUCUUUGUCAAUGGUUGUUGGGUCGGUAUCCAUCGUGAUCCUGAUAUGUUAGUGAGGACCUUGCGACGUCUAAGAAGACGAGUUGAUGUCAACACCGAGGUUGGUGUCGUCCGUGAUAUCCGUUUGAAGGAACUGCGGAUAUAUACUGAUUAUGGCCGCUGCAGUCGUCCUCUGUUUAUUGUUGAGAAGCAAAGACUUCUUAUCAAGAAGAAGCACAUUCUGGCCCUGCAAGCAAGGGAGACUGUAGAAGAAGGUGGCUGGCAUGAGCUAGUGUCCCAAGGAUUCAUAGAAUACAUUGACACUGAAGAAGAAGAAACAACCAUGAUUUCCAUGACAAUUAAUGAUCUUAUAUCGGCAAGAUUAAACCCAGAAGAGGCUUAUUCAGAUACUUAUACCCAUUGUGAAAUCCACCCAUCGCUGAUAUUGGGUGUUUGUGCUUCAAUUAUUCCUUUCCCUGAUCACAAUCAGUCUCCUCGUAACACAUAUCAGUCUGCUAUGGGUAAGCAAGCAAUGGGAAUCUAUGUCACCAACUACCAAUUUCGCAUGGACACGUUGGCCUAUGUGCUCUAUUAUCCUCAAAAACCUCUUGUUACAACUCGAGCAAUGGAGCACUUGCACUUCAGGCAGCUACCUGCUGGCAUUAAUGCAAUUGUUGCCAUUGCUUGCUAUUCUGGCUACAACCAAGAAGAUUCUGUUAUCAUGAAUCAGUCAUCAAUUGACCGUGGAUUUUUUCGAUCUCUGUUUUUCCGCUCAUACAGAGACGAAGAGAAGAAGAUGGGAACACUUGUCAAAGAGGACUUUGGCAAACCAGAUAGGUCCAAUACAAUGGGUAUGCGACAUGGUUCUUAUGACAAACUGGAUGAUGAUGGCCUUGCUCCACCCGGAACCAGGGUGUCUGGUGAGGAUGUUAUUAUCGGGAAGACUACUCCGAUCAAUCAAGAUGAGGCCAGUGCUCCCGGCACAUUGAAUUCCCGAUAUACUAAGCGCGAUCACAGCACAAGUUUGCGCCACAGUGAAAAUGGUAUCGUGGACCAGGUCCUCCUUACAACAAAUGCUGAUGGAUUGAGGUUUGUGAAAGUGAGAGUGAGAUCGAUUCGGAUUCCUCAAAUUGGAGACAAGUUUAGCAGUAGGCAUGGUCAGAAGGGAACAGUUGGCAUGACAUACACACAAGAAGACAUGCCUUUUACUGUUGAAGGAAUUACCCCUGAUAUCAUUGUCAACCCACAUGCUAUUCCUUCUCGAAUGACUAUUGGUCAGCUGAUUGAAUGUAUCAUGGGAAAGGUUGCUGCACAUAUGGGAAAGGAGGGAGAUGCCACUCCUUUUACAGAUGUUACUGUGGACAACAUCAGCAAAGCCCUCCACAAAUGUGGAUACCAGAUGCGUGGUUUUGAAAGAAUGUACAACGGCCACACAGGGCGACCGCUGACUGCAACUAUAUUCCUUGGUCCUACUUACUAUCAGAGGCUGAAGCACAUGGUUGAUGAUAAAAUCCAUUCACGUGGAAGAGGCCCCGUCCAAAUCCUUACAAGGCAACCCGCUGAGGGGCGAUCACGUGAUGGUGGUCUCAGAUUUGGAGAGAUGGAAAGAGAUUGCAUGAUUGCCCAUGGCGCAGCUCAUUUUCUCAAAGAAAGAUUGUUUGACCAAAGUGAUGCGUAUAGGGUUCAUGUCUGUGAGCGUUGUGGGCUGAUUGCGAUUGCAAACCUGAAGAAGAAUUCAUUUGAAUGCCGAAGCUGCAAGAACAAAACAGAUAUUGUUCAGGUUUACAUCCCAUAUGCCUGUAAGCUGUUGUUCCAGGAGCUCAUGUCGAUGGCGAUAGCACCUCGGAUGCUGACAAAGGAUAUCAAACAAGCCAAAUCACAGCAGAGGAGAGGGCAUUGAACGGCUGUUUUGAGUUAGAAUUAGGAUGUGCUUUGGGACGGUACUGAGGAAGGCCAUUUGUAGAUUACUACCUUCUGUACUAAAUUUUGUUUUUGUUAUUUUGAUUAAUGUCUUGGGUAGAUUAUCCACGCCGACAACUAUUAGACUUUCUGCUCAUUCAUAUAUGCUGGAAGAUUUUACACUUUUCCGUCUUGUAUAAGUCUCAAGUGAUCUUGCCCGUUUCAAUAGCUUUUUCGCUUGGCAAGCUGAUGAAAAAUGUUUAUAUUCCAUCGUUCCAUCCCGUUCAUAAAAAUGGCUCAAGAAUUUAGUUGGUUACAUAAAUAGUCCAUCGUAUCAACUUCGUCACUCUCACAUGUUUGCUGAUGGAAAUUUAAAGAGCAGUCAUACAUGUGAAGAAAAAUUUAUAAAGAAGAUUACAAGAAAUGAUGUCUGAAUUAUAUAAACCAUGCGAAAAGUUUUAAGAAUGAGUGAUUUUUUUCUUCAGUUCUUUUUUCUUUUUUUGUAAUUUUUUUCUCUAUACAUAUCAUUAUUCCAUUUUAAAUGGAUUCUUUAUGGUAUUACUUCUUGGGUUCGUGUUA